AUGUUUAUUUUUCAUCGUCUUUUCACAUCAACUAUCCAACCUUCUUUGAAACUUCCUUUGAACUUUCAAGAUGCAAUCUUUUUUGAAACAGCAAAAGAUUAUUUUUUAGAGACUUUUUGGGAAUAUAAAGCUACAAAAAAUGAACGUUUUAGUCCUUCUCAAUAUGGAAUAUAUAAGCAGCAAUUACAAAAACUUGCAGGUUUAGAAGAACUCCAGUAUAAAUGCUACAAAGAAAAAGCUCAAACUGCAUUAAAUGUCUUUGAGCCUGAUCAAAGAUCACUCAAUGAUACUGUUAAUACCAUUACUGAAAUUUUGCGAAAUGCAAGACCUGAUCUAAGACAAAUCAACAACACUGUUAACAUCAUGCCUCUCAAAGAUCAUGAUCUUCAAAAACUCAUCAACAUGAUUAAUAAUAAUAUUCGUAAUGCUACACAUGGUAAAGAUAUCUCAAAGGAACACUAUCAAUUUCUAGUUUGUGGAGGAACGGCUGGUAUCGGGCUGGAAGUUUUUAACAUUUUUCAACAUCACUGGACACCACCAACUGAAUGGUCAAGCAAUGGUUCAGUUCAUACCAAGUACUUGCGUCUCAACUUUGGAAAUGAUGUGAUAUUAGAUGUUUAUGAUUACAAUAUAUCUGCAUUGAUAAUUAUUGGUAUACAUAUGGCCUAUGAAUUUUUCAUUAAAGGAAAAUAUGAUAUUCAGUUUUGUGAGUUUUGCCAUGAGGCUCUCAAGAAUAAGGACAAUUUUAACAUUGAUUUUGUAAUCACUGCUAUCAGAAGUUCUCUAUGCCUUGAAACAGGUCAGCGUCUUUUUUUGUUUAUCCAUAUUGAUGAAUUUCAAAAAAUUAUCAAUUUUGAUGGUUGGAAUGCAGAUACAGAGAAACCAUCAAAAGGACUAUUCAGAUGUAUGAUGUAUGAACUUGGGCGUUAUAUGACAUAUCAGAGUCCACAGUGUAUCUUUGUACAAACAUUUCUUUCUGGGAUGGAACCACACAGUAUAAUACGAGCAAAAGAACCUACAUCGUACUCUUGGUAUUUUGCCAAAUGUCCAUUGUUGUCAAUGGCUGCAUGUAUUCAGAUUAUGGAACAUUUUGUGGUACAUUACGACUCUUCUAAUGAUUGGAAAUUGAAAUUGUGGAUUCACCAAUUGUUGUCAGAUACUGAUGAAAUUGACAAACAUAACCCAAACAACUUUUUUAAUGGAAUUGCAUUUGAUCUUGACAAACAGUAUGCAGUGGCAACAUUUGCUGAGGAAUGGCGAAGCCUUACUUGGGCACUUAUACAUUAUUGUAUUGGGUUGAUCCCAGUAAUGAAAACAGAUAUUCCUUCACAAGAGUAUCCUGGCGAAACAUUCAAAGUAUUGGAACGUGAUAGACAUCUUGUUCUUAAGUAUUGUGUUCUUCACAUGGCUACAAACAUUCUAGAUGGUAUUUUUACUCCUCAUUUUAUGUUACAGUGGCAAGAUUGGGAAUGUUUUGUAGCAGAAUUUGAAGCAUUUCGCAACAAUGUUCUAAUUGAAUUGGAACAAUUUCCCUGUCUUAAGCUUAGUGAUUCUAUAGAUUUUAAUGAAGUAGACUGGAAAUCUAAUAGUAUAAUUAUUAAUGGUUGGGCAGCACCAUUUGCGGACUAUAUCCUAGCUGAACAUGAAAAAAAUAUUAAGGCAUUUGGAAAAGCGCAGGAGCCACUUAGAUCUGAAUUUAAAAAGUACUAG